AUGGCGGCCAAGUUGAAGCCGCUGGAGGAGUCUGAGGAGGGCGAGGGAUAUGCUGGGCAGACCAAAUCUUUGAAGGCUGAGGACUUGCUGGCCAUGGUGAAAAAGCUGCAGAAAGAGGGAAGCCUGGAGCCACAGAUAGAAGAUCUGAUUAACCGGAUUAAUGACCUUCAGCAUGCAAAGAAGAAAUCCAAUGAGGAAUUGGGAGAGACCCAAGCUCUCUUGGAGACGCUGCAUAGGGAAUUGGACUCUUUGAAUGGAGAGAAAGUACACCUAGAGGAGGUCUUGAGAAAAAAGCAAGAAGCGCUGAGGAUCCUCCAGCUGCACUGCCACAGGAAGGAAAGCCAGGCACAGAGAAGCACACGUUGCAGGAGUUCAUGGAUCAAAUUUCCAUCCAUAACUCCGAUUGAAGAGAGUUGUAAACAGAGGGAGCUGGGGUCACACGUGCAAGAGCAGCUGGAGGACCUGAUGGGCCAGCACAAGGACCUCUGGGAAUUCCAGGUGCUGGAGCGGCGCCUGGCCUGCGAGAUCCGCGCGCUGCAGAGCAGCCAGGAGCAGCUGCUCACUGAAGAGAACUUAGCCAGAGCCAAGCUGCAGCGGGUGGAGCAGAGGCUGCGCUCCUCGCCUGCGGUGGACGGCGCCCUGGCAGUGACCGAAGCCGAAGAAGCGCUGAAGGCGGAGCUGGAGGAACCCGGCGGGCAAGUCCCCGCCCAGGCGCAGAGCCCCGAGGAGGACGACCGGGCCCAGAAAGCAGAGCCCGACCCGGAGCCCCCGUGCGCCCGCCGCGAGAAGGACCCGCAACCGCGGGUGGAGCUGGCCCUGUAA